GACAGCCACUUCCGGCUCCGCCAUGACUGCGGCGCCGCCUUUGCUUCCGAAUCUUCGCCCUUCGCGGCCUUUUUGCCGCGGCCCCGCUUCUCUUCCUGCUGGUGCAGCCGGGACUCGCCUCCCGCCCCUCGACCUCCCUUUCUCUGGGAGCAAGGAAAACAUCAAGGCAGUUUAACCCGGAAGUCAGAUGGAGGCGUCUCCUCUUCCGGUUUCUAUCUCUGUGGGCCACGGCGCGUCCGCUUCUUUUUCCGGGGCGUGUCUUGGGAUCCGGAUGCUGAGGCGGGAGCGCCGCGGAGGUGCGUUCCCUCCUCCUCUCUGUGGCAGGAAGGAGGCCCGGGAGGCGCCCGGCGCGAAUAAGGAAGAGCGACGGCGUCCCGGGGGCAAGGCGCCUUCUCUCUUGACGAGAAACUCCCAGCCAGUCGCCUUUCGAAGAGGCGGCGCUGCUCCGCAAGGUCGAAUCAGCGGCUGCGGCGCUUUCCUCGCCAGCAGCCAAUGAGAGGAAAUGGAACGCCUCCUGGGGGCGUGGCGGUGGGCGGGGGCGCGUCCGUUGCCAAGGCGACCGCUUGCAGGAGGCGCUCGAGGCGGGCAGGUGAGCCGAAAGGCGGGGAUGGUCCCGUGACGUCAUCCUCCCUCGCUCUCCCCCUCCCCAACCGAGCGGCUGCCUGCGGAACUCGCGGCCUCGGGACGCGGCGCCGAAGGGCGGGCCAAGCCGCAGAGGGAGCCUCCACGCCCAGCGGCAGUCUGUCUGCGCGGAAGGGGGAGUGAAGCGCAGCAGGCGGGACUCGGCUCUCCGUCCCCGUCUGAUCCUGCAAGAGCCUGGCUGGGGAGCGGACCGGACCCCUUGGGAGGGGCUGGGGGAGCGCGUGACCCCCCAUGGCUCCCCCCGCCAGGCCCCUUGGCCCCUGCGGCCGUGGGGUAGGGGGUGUUUCCCGCUGCCCCCUGCCUCUGACCUCGAGCGCCCUCUUCCGCUCCCUCUCCCCGCAGGGAUCUCCCGGGGCUCAUGGCCCACCGGCGCCUGGCGGAGGCGCUGCGGGUCUCGCGGGACUUGGUGGUGAGCGGGUGCGGCACGGCCGGGGUGUGGCCGGUCGAAGGGGACUCCUGCUGCCCCAGCAGCCUGGCCUGCCUGCGGCAAGUGCCCCUUGGCAAGGAUGCACAUGGAAUCUACAGCCUCUGCUUUGCCCCGGGUGGGGGGCAGCUGGCAGCCGGCUUUGGCAACGGCUCUGUGCAGGUGAGCGGGGACGGGGCAGCUCCCAAGUGGGUCCUGCAGACCUUGGCCAAAGGGCUUGCAGGGUGGAAGAUGCGGAAGGGGUUGGCUUGAGGGGCCCUUGCUGGCGGAUUGAGGGUGAGGGGACCUCUGGGUGCCCCAAGGGGGCAAUUGAGCCGCCCUGGGCUCUCCCCGCCUUAGCCCAGUGGGUGGAGAGACAGCCGAAACUCCUGCCCCCCUCUCUGCAUGGGGCCCCAUCUAUCCUGCCCUCCUCUCCUUCCCCCAGCUGGUGGAUGCCUCCAGGGGCUUGCCCGGCCCCUCCUUGUUCCCGGGGCACCGCACACGGCAAGCGGUCACUGCUCUGAAGUUCCACCGGGCAAAGCCAGGCCUGUUGCUGGCUGCUGGGGCGGAUGGCACCAUCUCCAUCUAUGACCUGCUCUCACACUACCCUCUGGCUUCCUGGACAGGUAUGGUGGGGUGGGGUGGGGAGGGAGUCCAGCCCUCAGGCACUGGGCCUAGGCUGGGGGACCCCUGCUGCUGCCCUGGACCUCCUCUCUCCUUCUGCUCCCCAGAGACGGAGAACGAGAUCAACGCCAUGGACUUCUGCCGGGACGGAAGCUCCUUUGCCACAGCAGGCAAAGAUCGCCAUAUCCGACUCUAUGACAGCCACACCAACCAGGUGAGCCUGCAGUGCUGGUGGGCUGAGAUCUGGAGAUCUGCACCCUCUGGGUCCGUGGGAUGCUCUUCGUCCGCCUGCCUCUAACGCUUCUCUCCCACUCUGCAGCUCUUUCACAUCAUGCAUGCCCCAGAUUUCAUGGCCGGGGAUGAGUUCACACCCCUCAGCGGACACUCGCGGCGGAUCUUUGCCUUGCGCUUCCACCCCACAGAGCUGCAUCUCUUUCUGACGGGUGGCUGGGAUAAUUCUGUCAAGGUCAGUCCUCGGGAAGGCAAUCUGUGCGCACGGGCACUUCCUGACCUUCUCUUGCUGCUUUUCUGCACCUGUGGGGCAGUGGGGACCGGCCUCUGCCUCCUGCAUACAGGGGAUACACAGUUCACCCUUUUGCUCUUCCCUGUGCCAGGUGUGGGACAAGCGGGUGUCCAAAGGUGCAAGGAGUGUGAUCAACGGGCCUCACAUCUGUGGCCCCGGGAUUGAUGUGAAGGUGAGGAGCUGGAGGGAGGGGAGCUGGGUUUCCGCCUCUGCGGCACAGCGGUUCAGAAGAGCCUCACUGGCUCAUCACUUUUAUCUAGUGGGGUUCUUAUGGUCUAGAUUUUUAUUUAUUUAUUUAUUUAUUUAUUGGACUUUUUGUCCAGGUUUCUCUCUCAAAAAAGCCCCGGGUGGCAGAACAGAAAAACUACAACAGAAAAACUUUAAAAUAUGUUUAAACAAUCACACACUUUCACUGCUAAAUAAUAUUAAGGUUGCCAGAAAUGAUGGAAUUCAGGCAUCAAGCGUCUGGGUGAACUGAGAUGCUUUAACAUCCUGCCUAAAUGUCCAUAAGGAGGAAAACAGGUGCACCUCCCCAAGGAUGGGGGCAUUUCACAAGCAGGAAGCCGCUCUGGAGAUGGGCGUAUGGAGGGUCGGCACCAGUCGGGUACCCCCCCGCCCCCCGCCUGCAGUCCCACCAUCAGGACCUCCUCCUGCCAAGUGCAAGGUCUGAGGUGGUCCCUCUUGGAAGGGGGCAUCCCUGGGGUCCUUCGACCCCAAGCCACUUAGGUUUUUGCAUGGUAGUUCUUGGUGCUUUUAGGAUUGGUGACCAAGGGCUCCAUUCGUUGAGCUGGUGGCCCCCUUCUGCACUCCGUGCAGCUUCCACACACCUUCAAGGGUGGCCCCACAUGGAGCAUAUUGCAGUAGUCCAAGCGGGAGUUCCCUGCAACUAUUGCAGUUGAGGAAAAGCUGUGGCUGGCGGAGUCUUAGCCAGGUGCAAGCACUCCCAUGAUUAACUUUAUUAACAUGUGUCAGGGGUUCAGGAGCAGAGGCAAGGGCAAGGGAGGAAACAGAGAGCGAGGGGGAGGAGGCAGAAGAAAAGAUGAGUGAUGACGACGACCCGAGAUCUCCGAGUCUUUCCAGUGAAUCAGAAGAUUCACAGAAAGGAGCACCAGUGGCCAGGGCAAGGGGGAGCCUAGGGGACGCCCCAGGAAGAUAGAGCCAGAGGGGACUCAGAGGGGAGCAGUUGGAAAUCGGGACCAGCGUCACCGCCAGAGAGCAGGGAAGAGGAAGGGAGCCAGGGAUCAAGCGCUGGCAGCUCACAACAGGGGGGAGGGCACGAGUCAGGAGUGGCCACACCUCCAUCGGGGAGCGAAGAAACGGUCAGACGGAAGGUGGAAGGUUGGGCGCGCGCGCCAAGUUCAAAUGCACAGGAAGGUGGCACAGUAGGCAGCCCGGAAAGGGAGCCAGGUCCCAAAGCCCGCCGAAAGGAGGGAGAAGAGUCAGGGGGGUCAGCGUCAGAGGAAUCCCGGAAAGAAGAGACCCCAGGGGGCAGAGGGACCCAGAGAAGAACAGUCAGGCGGAAAAGGUGGAGCAGGGCUAGGAUAUUAAGUUGGUGUACAAGGGGCGGAGACUCAGACGGAGCUUCGCCGGUCUAACCAUGAGACGUAGAGUUGCACGCAGCAGUUUGAGAAUGGAAACUGUAACUCAAUAAAGACUUUUGUUUAAUGAUCGCUGGCUAGCGUGAUCCUCUGUGAGCUAGGAUCUGGAAGCAGCUCUGACAGUAAGCUCCGUCUCUUUAAAUUGUGGGCAUCUACAGCCUCGCGGAGAGGAGAGAAAGCGGGUGCCUACUAGCGAGCUCACGAAAGGCAGACAAUAUGACGGCCGAACAGCAGAUAGCGGAACUCAGAGAAGCAGUGUCACGACUGAAUGCCGAGGCUCUCGCAUCCAGGAAGAGAGAGGAGGACGCAGCUGCCGCCUACAGGGAUCUCCAGGUCAGGUUGGAAGUGCUUACGAAGCAAGGGCAACUGACACCCAAACCGGAGGGGAUUGGGUUGGGGAGACGAACAGGCGGUCUGGUCUCUCACUUCGAUGGGAAUUUGCAACAGUACCCCAACUUUAGAGCAGAUGUAAUGUGUGCACUGCAACUGCUGGACAAAGACUUUAGAGAUGAGCAAGAGAAGGUGGGAUUCAUCAUGUCCCAUUUGCAUGGAGAUGCUAAAGCAUGGCUGCGCAAUUUGUGGAGAGAUAAGGAUCCGGCGCUCCAAAAUGCGGAUGCCUUUAUUAAAGCGAUGGAUGGGUGCUUUUAUCAAGCAUUGACGUGGAUCUUGCUCGGCAGCAGAUACAUGGACUGAAGCAAGGGAGGGCCAGCGUAAGGCAGUACCAUGCCCGCUUUUCGCUUUGGUCAGUGCUCUGGAAUGGGACAGAGAUUCGGCUCCUGUAAGAGACCUGUUUUGGGAGGGAUUGCACGGCUCGGUUAAAGAUGAAAUUGCGAGGGGAGAGACCCCGGACCACGCAGGAGAUCGUUCAGAGGGCGCUGGCGGUGGGGGUGCGGCUGGAAGAACGUCCGUGGAGCAGGGACGAAGGGCGUGGAGGGCGCGAACCAGCCAGGGGCUCCUCCUUCCUUCCCAGAGAAGCAGCGCGUGCGCAAUCCACGCCUCCGCCAGGAGGAGGAGCGGAACCUAUGGAGGUUGGAGGUGCAAGGGCUCAGUCAGCAGCCAGAGCCCUAGCACCGGCAGCAGUGAAAGCGAAGCCUCCUAGAGGGAACAGGAAGUGUUACAUCUGCGAUGCUCCACAGCAUAUGGCGAAAGAGUGUCCCCAGAGGCUCCACAAGCACACUGCAGCUUCAGCAAUGGUAACUGCAGCAACGCAGCAAGGAGAACCACAGCAGGGAAACGACGGAGUCUGGUUGGAGGAAGAGGCACUGGGGCCCAACCAGACGUGUCAGUGAAGCAGUCCCCAGAGAUUUUACAGCCCAUGGACCCCUCCCGCCCAAACCAGUAGUGAGGCUCACCGCGUCGCUCCAACUGCCCAAUGGAAUCACCAUGGACGUGCCAAUCACCAUUGACUCCGGAAGCAAUGCGGACUUUAUAGGGCAGGACUUUGUCGACCGGCACGCUAUACAGUUGCUGCCUGCCACGCUGCCCCUGCAGGUUGUCACGGUGGAUGGCAGGGAGCUGCUAGGGGGGCAAGUGGUGAAGCAGACGCCACCAAUGGUGAUGCGGCUUGGGAAUCACAGGGAAAUCAUCAGCUUCAAUGUCACUCAACUAUCGGACACGCCCAUUGUAUUGGGCAUGAGUUGGCUGGACAAGCACAGCCCGACGCUGGCUUGGUACCAGAGGCAGCUGACCUUCGGCUCUUCCUUUUGCGCUGAACACUGCAUCGUGCCCCGGCAGGAAGGAGAGGAAGAGGAGUCACAGCUGCAGCUGGGCACGCUGCAAGCGGUUCCCCACAAGUACGCAGAAUUUUUGGAGGUUUUCUGCGAGAAGGAGGCAGACAGGCUACCCCCACACAGACCAUAUGACUGCAAAAUUGACCUGCUGCCGGGGGCGGCGCUGCCCAAAGGGAAGCUGUAUUCCAUGUCUGAGGAUCGAACUGCAGGAACUCAAAGAGUUCAUAGAUCAUAAUUUGGAGCGCGGUUUCAUCCGAGAGUCCAAGGCAGCGGGGGGGCAGUCCGGUAUUCUUUGUUAAGAAGCGGGACACGCCUCAGAAAAGACUUGUAGUGGACUAUCGCAUUUUGAACAGCGUGACCAAGCCAUCGGACUUCCCCAUGCCCCGAAUCGACGACCUCCUCGCAAAGGUACGGAAGGGCAGCGUCUUCACUAAGUUGGACCUGCGAGGGGCGUACAACCUCAUUCGCAUGCGGGAAGGAGAUGAGUGGAAGACAGCCAUGUUCACGCCCUUGGGCACCUACGAAUAUAGAGUUAUGCCUUUUGGAUUGCAAAAUGGUUCCCACGUUUUCAAGCUUUCAUGCAUCACGUGUUGGCGGGGCUCCUCUACAAGACGUGCGUCUGUUUCUUGGAUGACAUCCUGAUCUUUUCGGAAUCGCAGCAGGAGCAUGACAGACACGUCAAGGAAGUGCUGAGCAGGCUACAGCAACAUAGGCUUUACGCCAAGCUGGAGAAGUGCCAAUUCGACGUGACGGAGGUGGAUUUCCUGGGCUACAAGUUGUCUGAUAAAGGGCUCGCCAUGGACAGCGCCAAGGUCCGAGCAGUGUUGGAUUGGAAAAGCCCACGCAACCGGAAGGAGGUCCAACGGUUUGUCGGCUUUGCGAACUUCUAUCGCAAGUUUAUCAAAGGCUUUGCCAUGCAGACAGCGGCCAUCACGGACACGCUCAGCUCCAAGAAAAAGAAGUUCAUCUGGACAGAGCAGGCGGAGCAGUCCUUUCAGGCACUCAAGCGUCUCUUCGCGUCGGAAGGGCAACUGCUUCAUGUCAACCCCAGCAAGCCGAUGAGGGUGGAGACAGACGCUCGGACAGAGCCGUGGGAGCAGUCCUGCUGCAGAAGGACCCGCAGGGGGUUUGGAGGCCGGGAGCGUUUUACUCAAGGAAGCUCAGCAAGUCCGAACAGAACUACACCAUCUGGGACAGGGAGUUGCUGGCCAUUCAUGCAGCGUUCAAAGCGUGGAGGCACUUCCUGAUCGGCGCCAAGCACACGGUGCAGGUCUGCACGGACCACAAGAAUCUAGAGCACUGGCGCACGGCACAGUUCCUGAACCAGAGGCAGAUACGUUGGGCUGAGUUCUUUGCGAAUUUCGACUUCCGAAUAGAGUAUGUCCCGGGGACACCAACAUCAUGGCGGAUGCUCUCUCCCGUAAGCCGCAGUAUCUGGAGGAGGCAACGCCAGCGGCCGCCAUGCACAUCUUCGCACCGACAGUGUGGGCGUGCACGGCGGCAACAGUUGACCUGGAGGCGGUGCGACGAGCGUUGCAGGAUGACUCCUUCGCGCAAGCAAAGAUGGCAGAGGCGCACAGGGGCACGGCAGCGACCGACGAGUUCCAGCUGCGAGAUGGUUUGCUCAUCCGUAAAGGGGCCAUCUACGUGCCGGGAGACGAACUUCGCGCCAAGGUACUGCAGCAGCUGCACGACGCGCCCACUGCCGGGCACUUUGGCAAGGAGAAGACGGUGGAAUUAGUAGCCAGAGACUUCUGGUGGCCAGGAAUGAGAGGGGAAGUCGCGGACUACGUGGCGAGGUGUGACACCUGCCAGAGGGCCAAACCAGUGCACAGACCGCCGGCCGGAUUGCUGGAACCGCUGCAAACUCCGUUCGAACCAUGGGAGAGAGUGGCCCUGGACUUUGUCACGGAUCUGCCCAGCUCGAGGGGCAAGACGGCUGUGCUGGUGGUGGUGGACUUGUUCUCCAAGAUGGCACAUUUCAUUCCGUGUGCGAAGGUGGCCACGGCGGAACAAACCGCCAAACUGUUCAUAGACCACGUGUUCAAGGUUCACGGUCUGCCGCGGUCUAUUCUGUCCGACCGAGGGCGACAGUUCAUCUCGAACUUCUGGCAGAGGCUGAUGGGCUUCCUGAACGUCAAGAUCAACCUGGCGUCGGCUAGACACCCGCAGACCAAUGGGCAAGCGGAGCGGGUCAAUGCCAUCAUGCAGCAGUACCUGAGAUGUUAUGCGAAUCAACAGCCUGCGACGUGGGUGGAUUACCUGCCUCUCGCCGAGUUCGCCUACAACAACACGAAGCACGUGUCCACGGGGGUCACGCCGUUCUUCGCCAACAACGGGAGGCACCCCAGAACCUUCCCGGGACUGGAAAGAAUGGGGGAGGGGAGCCGCAGACAGCAGAUGCAUUCGCGUCGGAGUUGCAGGAGGUCCACGAUCAGCUGCGGCGGCACCUGGAGCUGGCUAAACACGCAUACAAGGUACAAGCGGACAAACACAGAAGGGUUGGCGAAGAGAUCCAUGUGGGAGACUGGGUCUGGUUAGCAGCCCACGCAGUGCCGGCCAGGUCGUUGGCGAAGAAGAAACUAGGGCAUAAACAACUGGGGCCCUACCAAGUCGAAGAACGGGUCAACCCGGUGGCUUUCAGGCUGGCUCUUCCGGAGGGUUCCAGAAUGCAUCCGGUGUUCCACAGAUCGGUGCUCACUCCAUACAAGGCACCUCACAGGUUUCAGGAACCAGGAACGGCACCGGGUCCGCUCCGAGAGAGAACCGGGCAGGGGGGAGUGGCACGGGAGGAGCGCAUCAACGAAGUCACGGAGAUUUUGGACUCCAGAUGGGGGAAGAGGGGGUAGAAUACCUUCUCGCCAAGGAGGGCACCCCGGCCAGUGCCAACAGCUGGGUGCCGGGCUACGCUUUAGACGAACCUCUGCUCAAAGAAGAGUUUCAUGCCCUCUUCCCACAUAGGCCAAUGCCAGCAGACUUUUUCGACGACUGGCUUUUCACGCCCACACUUUCAGCCAGAACGAUCCGGUGGAACGACUCGGACGAGGAACCGACACGAGACGCCCGUUCCCCGGAGGGGUCACCCUCGGGAUCUGCUUCAGAACCCUCGUAUUGGUGGGAUGAUCGACCAGAGGAGCAGUUCCGCAGAAGGUGGCUGGAGGGUCCAGGACGAGCAACGUCUCCAGAAGGUAACGAGGGAGAGACGGACAUGGACGUUUUCAGGGACGACCCGGGUUUCGAGCACGGCGGCACAGAGAUGGAAGCGGAGGUGACCGUCGUCAACGAGAGCAGGGAGGAAGAACCGGAAGACUUCAGAUGGCGGCCCGCCACGGGAAGCGAACUGUAUCCGACAUUCGUCCCCUGACACGGCAGCACCCAGAUCCCGCACCGGAAGGAGGGGAGGGGGAAGAGGGGGCUUCGAGGGGGAUGGAUGUCAGGGGUUCAGGAGCAGAGGCAAGGGCAAGGGAGGAAACAGAGAGCGAGGGGAGGAGGCAGAAGAAAAGAUGAGUGAUGACGACGACCCGAGAUCUCCGAGUCUUUCCAGUGAAUCAGAAGAUUCACAGAAAGGAGCACCAGUGGCCAGGGCAAGGGGGGAGCCUAGGGGGACGCCCCAGGAAGAUAGAGCCAGAGGGGACUCAGAGGGGAGCAGUUGGAAAUCGGGACCAGCGUCACCGCCAGAGAGCAGGGAAGAGGAAGGGAGCCAGGGAUCAAGCGCUGGCAGCUCACAACAGGGGAGGGCACGAGUCAGGAGUGGCCACACCUCCAUCGGGGAGCGAAGACACGGUCAGACGGAAGGUGGAAGGGUGGGCGCGCGCGCGAAGUUCAAAUGCACAGGAAGGUGGCACAGUAGGCAGCCCGGAAAGGGAGCCAGGUCCCAAAGCCCGCCGAAAGGAGGGAGAAGAGUCAGGGGGGUCAGCGUCAGCGUCAGAGGAAUCCCGGAAAGAAGAGACCCCAGGGGGCAGAGGGACCCAGAGAAGAACAGUCAGGCGGAAAAGGUGGAGCAGGGCUAGGAUAUUAAGUUGGUGUACAAGGGGCGGAGACUCAGACGGAGCUUCGCCGGUCUAACCAUGAGACGUAGAGUUGCACGCAGCAGUUUGAGAAUGGAAACUGUAACUCAAUAAAGACUUUUGUUUAAUGAUCGCUGGCUAGCGUGAUCCUCUGUGAGCUAGGAUCUGGAAGCAGCUCUGACAACAUGUAUUUAUAUAGCACCAUCAAUGCACAUGGCUUUGCACAUUUAAAACAAGAAAUUGAACCCUCCAGAGUGCAAUCUAAGAACUGCAGUCUAAGAAUUGCGAGAAGGGCUGCUCAGCGACUGAUCUCCUCAUGUUGCUAUCUCUGGCGGAGGAGGGUUUCCUGCUUGUGGGUUUCCCUGUGGGGCAUUUGGCUGGCCGCUGCCAGAAGAGGAACUAGCGGGCUCACUGGCCUGACGGACCAUGCUCUGCUUCUGCUCUUAGUCCCACCGAGAGGGAGGAGGGAUGGCAGGGACGGGGGAGGGGGCAGCCUGUGCCGUUGGCCACUGUGAGAAAGGGGUGCUGGGCUUGCUGGGCCCCUUUUGGCCUGAUCCGACAAGGCUAAUGCCUUGGGGGUGUGCCUGCACAUGCUUUUGAGCCAGGAAGCCCGGGAGGGAGACUCAGCGGAGUUGACUUGUGCCCUUCUCUCUUCCUCACGUAGGGAGACCAGGUCCUGACUGGCUCAUGGGUACCCCGCAAUGCCCUCCAGCUCUGGGACCUGCGCCUGUCUCGCCUGUGGCAAACCCUGCCCUUCCCCUGCAGCCCCACGCAGGGCGAGUUCCUCUACUCGGCCCAGUUUUGCAUGGGGGACGUGGUGCUGGCUGGCGGCAGCGGGACCAGUGGGGCAAGCGCCAUCCACACGGGCACUGGCCAGGUAAGAGGACCAGCAGCUCAGGAUCCUGCGCCUGCUGAGUCACGUUGCCUCCUCUGCUGGCAGCCCCACUCCCAGGGCUGAAAAUGGAGAUGGGGGGUGAGGGGUGGGGUCCACCUGCAUCCUUCCCCACACAAGGCACACGCCCUGAACCGUCGUUUCUCUCCUGGGCUGCUUCUGCCCCUGCUGGAGCGCCCCCUGUUGGAGGGGGCCUGCCUGCCUCCUGCCAGGCUCCUUGCUGACCCCCCUCUUCUUCUCUCCCUCUUCCUGGCAGGUGGUCGGGGAGAUUCUGCUGCCCAACAAGCCCGUCCAUGUGGUGGCCUCUGCCCCCGGAAGCCAGGCUGUGGCUGUGGCUGGGGCAGGGGCAACCUUCACUUGGCAGAGCUGCACUGAGCCCUGGAAGGAAGAGGCAGAGCAUCCUGCAGAUGCCCAGCCCUGGAGUUCAGGGGCAGGGAAGCCGUCAGCCCCACGCUGCCACUUGCCACAGGGGUAAUGUGGGUGGGUGCCACCCCCUUUCCCCUCCUUGCCCUGCCCAGGCCCCCUGCCCUCCCUACCUCAGUUUCCCUUGUUUGUUCUGCCUGAGGAGGGGGCUCCGCCUGGACCAGGGGAUGCCUGGAGCAGAGGCUCUUCCCUCCUUCGGAUCUGUGCAAUAAAAGCUUCUUGCAUCUGGAGAAGCGGCUGGCAGGAUUUGUUUCAUGGGUGGGUCAAGUGGACGGGACCCACAGCAAGGCUGGAGCAGGAGUCUGGGUGGGGUUGGCUAGCUGCAGGUUGGCUCAGCUUUUUGAGGACCCUGAAGCGCACGUGGGGAAGUAUGUACGGCAGAAUCCUGGCAAGACUUGAAACCCCCCUGCUCAAACCACCACCAGUUCAUUUGUCGUAGAGCCAGCUGCUUUGACCAGCGCCUGGAAGCGGCUACUGCCUCUGCACUUCUGACUUCACAAGGCCUUGUUUUGUGGCGGAUGAAAAAACUCCUGAGUCUGCCAUCUUUCUGUCCCUGGCUCUGCAGUGGCCCAGCAGCCCUUCUGACAGGGCUCCGUGAGCCCCCAUAGCCCAGGGAAGACAGCCACAUGAUGCUGCCUCUCAGGUCAGAGGCAUCUGGGGGGGCUGUGCAGGCAGGGGCGGCUCCAUCAGGCAGUGGGGUGAUGGGCGGUGCGCCUGCCGGCAUCUAGUUAGUGGCAAAACCGCCUUUCUGCUUGCUAAGUCUCUUUGGAGUCGGGGGGGCAGGGGUCCCUCUCCCACCAACCACAAAGCUCCCUGGAUAUGUCCUCCUGGCACCACCUUUUGGGCAGUGCCCCCCCCCCAACCCAGAAGGCAAACACCUAUGCAAAGGGAUUUGGAUGGGUGUUCAUUUCCUGGGCUUUUUUGGGGGGGUGUCCCCAGUUGGGCAUUCCAGCAAAGCGGGAAUGCACCUUUUCCUGCUUCCAAAAGGGGGAGGCAGUGGCAGCUCCCCUAGCCCAGCUGGUUUGGACGCUUCCCCAUUGUUGGAGCCAUUGAAACAUUAUGGGGUGGUGGCUCUGCUGUCAGGAGCAGGGUCUGGGACUCCAAGGCAGGAGGUGAGCUGCUGGGGAGGGUCUUUGAGUUCCAGCUAGGAAGGAGGGGGGGCAGAGGAGGGGGUCCCUUGGCGCUGCUGUGGCCAGGCUUUCCGGGUGCCCCUCAGGCAGGGUCUCCCGCAAAUGGUUCUGGGGAAGCAAUCCUGGCCAGGCUCCCUGCCCUGUGGUGGAGAAUGGCCGCUGCCCAGCCAGAUUCGUGCAUAUUGAUUUAUUUUUAACAUUUAGAUCUUGCCUCACAGUCCCAGGGAACCCUCAACGCAACUCACAGAGCAACUUCAAACUCGGGUCCUGCCAGGCCACCAAACUGUUCCUUGCCCUGUGUGCCAGUCAGACGCCGUCCAGUAUUGGGGGGGGGACUUCAGGGCAGGCCACUCUUGUGGGUGGGGGCUGGCAUUGGCACUGUGAGUUCUACACAGCAGCUGGGUCCCCCAAAGCCUCUUCCCUCUCCUACUGCUCUUAGAUCCGGCGCUGCAGCUGGGCCUGGCAGCCUUCCUGGUGCCAAAGGCUGCCCACUUCUGGACUACUGCUGAAGUCUAGGCCAGUGCUUUGGCUGGGCCUGCCCUCCUCAGUCCUUGCCCACAAUCCUUCACGCCUGCAAUGUCCAUGUGGAGUCGUCUCUUAAGAAUUCCCUGCCAGAUUUGUUUUCAGAGGCUCAUACCUUUUGCGAUUCGGGAGGGUCUCUGGGAAGCAGUGCAGGGAGAGGGAUGCCCGCAUCCUGCCCACUGCACCCAGGAGGCUCCCCCCCCAAGCUGUGAAUGCAGCAGCCCUCUGUGGUGGUGCUUUCGUGCGGGAGGUUGCUGGUGCCACUGGGAAGGAGACCUGCGUUCCAGAGGAGUAGGAGGCAGCUCUGCCACAGCAGCUUGAUCCAUGAGGGCUCAGUGCAGAAUUGGCAAAGCCCUGUUCUGCUCCAAAGGCGUUUCCCAAGUAUGGAAGAUGUAGGUCCAUGGUAAGAAGUCCCACUUCUCUGCCCUUUGAGCCUUCUCUGACUGGCGUAAGGGAAGGGGCUCCUUUCAGAGCCUGGCCCGGCCGGUCACCCAGCUGGUACGUGAGGGUGCUGGGUGGGCGCCUACAGUCCAAGAGGGUCCAUGAAGUCACAAUAGACCAAGGGCAGUGGCAGGAGCCUGGCCUUGACUCCGGCGCAUCAUGGAGCAGCCCUGCUGUCACCUGCGGACGGCAGCAGCCAGGGCCCUUGGGGGGGUCCUUGGUGCACAAGGUGGGGGGCCCCCCCUCUGCAGCAGGUGCCUCCAAGCACAGCAUUUGCAAGCAGCCUGAAAAAGGCAGAGAGAUGUCAGGACCUGGGCUGCGUACUACUACAACAACUUUAUUAUUUUUACCCUGCCACUCCCCCACCCCCCAUGGUGCUGAAAGAGGGCUGGUGUGUGCAUGCACUGGGGCUGCAUCAAGGGAUGGGAGUUUCGGACCAAGUGCUUUGGCCAUAUGGUCGACACCCCGGCUUGGGACGCUGGGAAAAGCUUGUGCCUUUUUCUCCUGCCUGAGGCCCUUGACUGUCAUGCACUGGCUGGACACCCUCCAUCAGUUGCAAACCUAAAGGUUAAACAUGGGCUCCAGUCUGUUCAGAGGGGCUGAGGCUGAAGGGGGAAGCAGGUGGGCAAUGAAUAUCAGUCAUUUUUGUUUCAGUCAGCUGCUGCAACUGGAAAUAUUCUGCAUUCCCCAUUUCUAAAUAGAAGAGCCUUCUGCUAAUUUCUUUGGCUAGACUCCUUGGCAGAAGGAGGGAAGGUGGGCUGGCUCUGCUCAGAUGCUGGUUUUAACCUUUAAAGCCCUAUACGGCCUAGGACCCUUGUACCAAUGGGACCGCCUCUCCUGGUAUGUCCCAUGGAGGACCUUACGGUCUUCAAACAAAAACAUCUUGGAGGUCCCGGGCCACAGGGAGGUUAGGCUAGCCUCAACCAGAGACAGGGCCUUUUCGGCCGUGGCCCCAAUCUGGUGGAACGCUCUGUCACAAGAGACUAGGGCCCUGCGGGAUUUGACAUCUUUCCGUAGGGCCUGCAAGACAGAGCUGUUCCACCAGGCCUUUGGCCAGGACACACCUGACCCCCUCCUUUGGCAAUCCUCACAGAACUCUAGCCCAAUGGUUGCCAUUAAUCUGAUUUGAAUUGAUUUUAUAAUGAAAUGAUUUUAGAAUGUUGUAUCAUUUUUACUGUUGUUAGCCGCUCUGAGCCCGGCUUCGGCUGGGGAGGGUGGGAUAUAAAUAAAUUAUUAUUAUUAUU